AUGAAAAUUACGCCCUUGCUCAGGGCGACACGAAGAAUAUUAUGUCCCGAUCAUCUCGAAGCCGGAAAAAUUCUCGGAAUGGGAAAAACUAGAACGAUUUCGACGAGCUCGACUGGCAGGCCGCACCGAAAAACACCAAAGCCAAAGGAUGCCUGCAUCAUUUGCGUUUCCAGCCGAGCGCUUUUCGAUCUUCGGGAAGGAAGAACAGUCAUGGAAGAGCAAGGCUUAGAGGGAUACAUCAAACACAUGGUCGAAGCUGAAAAUGUUCCACUUGCGCCUGGGCCAGCUUUUGCCUUUGUUCAAGCGAUUGAGGCGGUUAAUUUAGCCCUGUUGGAAAUCAACCCAGAAGAAAAGAAUCUGUUUGACGUUGUUCUGAUGUCAGAGAAUCACGCGCAAUGUGGGGUGCGUUAUCUCAACAGCAUCCGACACCAUGGGCUCAACAUUGAGCGAGUUUGUCUGACCGCCGGUCGGCCUGUGACAAACUACCUCACUGCCUAUGGAACACAUCUCUAUCUCUCCACUGAUCAUUCGAAAGUCAAAGAUGCGCUCAGAGUGGGAGUACCAGCGGCGACGUUGCCACCCUACUCGAAAUCUAUCGAGGAAAACGACGAGCUCCGCGUUGCCUUCGAUGGCGAUGCCGUUCUUUUCUCCGAUGAAGCCGAAGCAGUUGCCAAACGCGAGGGUCUCUUCCGAUUCUUCGACCAUGAGACAGAGAAAGAGGAUAUUCCGCUGGAAAAAGGACCGCUGAUUCAAUUCGCCUGGAUUCUUGGACAGAUGCAGAAGAAAUUCAGAGAUGUGCACACAGAAUGCCCGAUUCGUACUUAUCUUGUUACUGCUCGCAGCGCUGCUUCAGCCGGUUCACGAGCGAUGAAAACACUCAGAUCAUGGGGAUUGGACAUCGACGAAGCGCAUUUCAUGGCCGGUGCUCCUAAGGGACCCCUGCUCGAUAAGAUCAAGCCGCAUUUAUUCUUCGACGACCAGGUGGAUAACAUCAAAUCAUCGACCGAAUACGGACUUCCAGCUGCUCACGUCCCAUGGGGAGUCGCCAAUGAAAGCAAAGUCGUCCUCGACGAGGAACCCAAUCAAAAUACAAGUGCCCAAGAAAAAUCCUCCAAAUGA